AUGGAGACGGCAGCCACACCUACCACGGCGCCGCACGUGCUGGUGGUCCCCUUCCCGGCGCAGGGCCACACGCUGCCGCUCCUGGACUUCGCCGCCCUGCUCGCCGCGCGGGGCCUCCGCCUCACCGUCGUCACCUCACCCGCCAACCUCCCGCUGCUCUCGCCUCUCCUCGCGGCGCACCCCGGCGCCGUCAGCCCGCUGACCCUCCCGUUCCCUUCCAACUCGUCUAUCCCCCCGGGUCUCGAGAGCGUCAGGGGCUGCCCCCCGGAGUACUUCCCCGUCUUCAUCCACGCGCUCACCGCGCUCCGCGAGCCGGUCCGCGCGUGGGCCAGGUCACGCCCGUCGUCCGACGACGACCCCAUCGUCGCCGUUGUCGCCGACUUCUUCUGCGGGUGGGCGCAGCCGCUCGCGCGCGAGCUCGGCGCCGCGGGCAUCGUGUUCUCGCCGUCCGGCGUCAUCGGCGCCGCCGUCCCUCACUCGCUCUUCCGCCGCUUGGUGAGGCGGCCUGCUGCUGCCGAGGGCGGCGGCGAGGAGUCCAGCGUCGUCACGUUCCCGGCGAUCCCCGGUGAGCCGGCGUACCGGUGGAGAGAGCUCUCGAUGCUUUACAGGUGGUACGUGGAAGGCGGGGAAGAAGACGAGCAGGUCCGCGAGUCGGUGAGGCGGAACUUCCUCUGGAACGUGGAGGAGAGCUGGGGGUUCGUGUUCAACUCGUUCAAGGCGCUGGAGGGGAGGUACCUGGAGCAGCCACUCGAGGACCUGGGCUUCAGGCUCGUCUGGGCGGUGGGCCCCGUGGCGCCUGAGGCGGACGCCGCCGGCUCGCGCGGCGGGGAGGCGGCCGUCGCGGCCGCCAGCCUCGGCGCAUGGCUGGACCCGUUCCCGGAAGGCUCGGUCGUGUACGUGUCGUUCGGGAGCCAGGCGGUGCUGACCCCGGCCGUAGCAGCGGCGCUAGCCGAGGCGCUGGAGCGCAGCGCCGUGCCGUUCGUCUGGGUCGUGGGCGCCGGGAGCAGCGGCGUCGUCCCCGAAGCGUUCGAGGCGCGCGCGGCAGAGGCGGGCCGCGGGAUAGUGGUGCGCGGGUGGGCGCCGCAGCUGGCGACGCUGCGGCACCCGGCGGUGGGGUGGUUCAUGACGCACUGCGGCUGGAACUCGGUGCUGGAGGCCGCCGCGGCGGGGGUGCCCAUGCUGGCGUGGCCGAUGACGGCGGACCAGUUCGUGAACGCGCGCCUGCUCGUGGACGAGGCGCGCGUUGCGGUGCGCGCGUGCGCGGGGGGCUUCGGCGUCGCGCCGGACUCGGGCGAGCUGGCGACCGUGCUGGCCGACGCGGUCGGGGAGAAGGGGCGCGACGUGAGGGCGCGCGCCAAGGAGCUCGCGGCGGAGGCCGCGCGGGCGGUGAACGAAGGCGGGAGCUCGUACGCUGAUUUGGUCGGGUUAGUGCACGAGAUUCGGAAUCUUCGUUGA